GGGAAAUUUGACAGUACGCGGCUGUUACUGAGAUAUCCACGUAAACAAACAAUUUAUUUAUUAAUGUUUACUGGAGAUGGACCGGUACGUGUUAGUUAUAUAUUUUUGCCAAACUGAUGACGACCCGGCGGAUGAUUUUAACCGUUUGGAGCCACUACAGCAGAUGUAUGACAGACUUGUGGAGAUCUCCACUCAGGAAUCAGAGAAGAGGAUUUCUGUGUUUCCAGCUUGUUCUCUCAGUGGCAGCCCAUCAGCUCAGAAGUGGUACUUUGCUAUUCAGGCUUGUCAAGGAGCUGCACAGUUUUGCACCUCUGAGUGGGAAGAGUUGGGUACCGGCCAUAACAGAUCUGACGGUGAGGAGGAGAAACCAACUGCUCUGGAAGCUUUUUUGAGUUCUCUGAAGAAUCAGGAGGCACCAGACCAAAAGGGUGACCAGCUGACACUGACAGAGCUGAUGGAGGAGGCUGCAGAAGGUCUGCAUCUACUGUCAGACAAGCUUCCCCCUCCAGGUAAAGCCUUGUUGGACGUUCUGGUGCUGGGCUCUGCUGAGCAGUCUCCUUCUAUUAAAGACCUGCUGCCUCUGCUGGGAGCCAUCAAACACAUGUCCUCCUGGCAUGCUGCAAAGAUCAGUGUAAUCGCACAGCACACAACUGGAUGGCAGAAAACGGCAUCCUCAAUGAAUGCUGGUUUAGUCCAGCUGGCUGACUUGGACAGCUGUAUCGACCGCAAAGAAAUGUGGAGGGGAAGCCUGCUUAUCAGAGAGAGGAAGUGUGGUUCAGAACUCCGCUUUGAUGGCUUUUCCCUGCGCUCUCCCGAGUAUCAGAUAUCAGAAUCGGGUCUUUUGCAAGCUCACUGCACCACUACGGACCACAAACUGCAAUCUGAGGUCUUUCAUUACUAUGCACCAGUUUUAGACUUGAUUCAGCUGGUUAAUCUGUCAGACCUGCCCAGCUUCCUGAUGUCCAACACCCAGUUUGAACUAUGCCUGUCUGGGAAGUCAGUGAAAGCUAAACUUCUGUUGAAUCAGCUGCGAUCACUGCGUGGAAAGGUUGGAGCUUUGUUCAGUCUGUCCUGUAUAAGUACCUCCAUUUCCCAGCCUGCAGCCAGCCAACUCAGCUCCCAGCGCUGGAAAGAAUCUUUAGCCAGGAGACCAAAAUCUUUACCGGUGCCUGAUGUCGAGGUGAAAGGUGAGAGUGCUGCCUACUUCCUGUUGGUCCAGGGCUCAGACAAUGUUGAGUGUGAAGCCUGCAGGAUCAGGAUGCUGCACUCAGACAGUCAAUUUAAUGGAGCGGCUGCCAUGGCAACUGUGUCCGCAUUACUGAGAGAGAAGCCUCCGUCAUCAUCAGGAGCUGCUGCAGGUAACAUCCUCCACCCUCUGCCAUGUCUUCAAGGAGACUACCUGCUGAAGAGAGAGAGAACGGUGACCCAGGUUCAAAAACUUGUACUUCAAGAAUAUCUUAGAAAGAAAGAAGCAUCAUCAAUACCUGUCAAUGACUUGAAGGUCAUUCUGAAUCUGGCCAGGGAGCAUUAUCUGAAGAAGAUUGACUCCACUCUGCCCACGACUGCUGCCUGUCUGACAGACAAUCAGGCCUCUAAAAACUCAGGUUUUCAGACUAUUUCUCAGCAGCCAUCUGACUGGCCUGAGAGAAGUGUUCUCCACAACAUGGAGAACCUGCAGAAGAGACGCCAGAAGAGAAGAUUUGGUUUGUUAGGUCCAGGCUCUAGUGACAGUCUGCUGGGUCCUAAAGAUGGUCAGAGGGGGUCUUCUGCCUUACUUGAUGCCAAAGAACUUCUGAAACACUUCACGUCUGAUGGUCUGCCUACAGGGGAGCUGCAACCACUGGUCAUCAACAGAGGUAACAGUGGUUUCCAGUUGUCACCAGACCUUUCUCCCAGGAGAGUCAGCCAGUUGCCUUUUAGCAAGGCCGCAGCCUCCCAUUACCACGGCAUAGAGUUCUGUCUGGAUAACCAGCGGUCCCUAGAGCGAGACCAGGCUUUUUUACGGCUCCAGUCUCGUUUGAUUCGAUAUGAGACCCAAACCACCUGCUCCAAGGAGCCAUGUGCCCUCCCAUUUGCCCUCAGCCCUGCUCCCUCACCAGCUGUGAUGUCAGAACCAGGAAGUGUACCCGAUGGGGAGACUCUGCAGAACAAUGAUGUUGCGCGACUCAAGCGCAGGUCCUGGGAAGCAGACAUGGUUGCAGGCUAUCCUCACAAGAGGCUGGCAAAAUCAGAGAGCAGUGACUCAAUCUGUUCUCAGAGUAGUAGCAGCAGUGGGACACACCCUGCCAUUAGGUCCCUACGACAACAGCCAAGUAGGUCCCAGUCCUCCUCAUCUGCCACAAGACAGACAUCAGGUUUGGUGACUCUCGCUGGUGUUGAGAGACCUAAAUGUCAACAGCAGAAGGCACAGCGAGGACACAGCGAGGGCAAGGACAAACCUGACAAAGAGUCACGCUCCCAGAAACAUAACAGGAUGUUGCAGGAGGUAGUGGCUAAAACACUCAAACACCAUGGGAUCACUGCUGAGCACGACUGCUUUGAGGCCUGCAGCAAAAGACUGUUUGAUAUCUCGAAAUUUUAUCUCAAGGAUCUGAAAACAUCUCGGGGUCUGCAUGAUGAGAUGAAGAAGGCAGCUAGCAGCAAUGUUAAACAGGUCAUUGACUGGGUGUUGGAGAAGACUUCAAAAAAGUGAAGAUGCUAAUAAAUGAGGAUCCCCUUUACCAGCCUGUCAUUUUAAGCUUUUGUUUGUUCCUGGUUUUGUGUUCAUCCACCCUCAUAUACUCCUCCUGCUCCAGAGCCGAGAACAGAAAAACAGACAUAUCGACAUAAUUCACUCCGCUCUCCCUGCAUUCGCCGCGGGGGCUUUAGAAGUUGGCUUCAGGAUGAAGUUGCCUUUUCUCUGUAGCAAUUCUCUAAUUCUUCACUAUUUUUUUCUUCUAAAUUAGUUACUGUUAUCAUGCCUUUAUGAAUGUACAUAUUUUUGUGUUUUGUAAUCUCCUGUUUGUA